CCAAAACCUCCUUUCCCCGAAUCCCAAAAACCCUCCACCACCACCUCAUCCUCCUCCGCCACCGAGUCCCUCCGCUUCUUCAACUGGGCCCGCUCCCACCACCCCUCCUACCACCCCACCUCCCUCGAAACCGAAGAGCUCGUCAAGACCCUCGCCCGCUCCAAGAAAUACGACUCCAUGUGGAAGCUCCUCGACUCCAUGAAAACCCACCACCACCUCACCCUCUCCGAGUCCGCCCUCUGCUUCAUCAUCCAGGAAUACGGCAAGCACGGCCUCAUCGAUCAGUCCGUCGAGCUUUUCAACCGAGCCUCUAAGACCUUCCACUGCCCCCAGUCCGUCGAAAUCUACAACUCCCUGCUCUUCUCCCUCUGCCAGUGCAAGCUCUUCCACGGCGCCUACGCCUUGGUGAGGCGGCUGGUUCGAAAAGGGUUGGUUCCUAACAAGACCACCUACUCCGUCUUGGUCAAUGCUUGGUGCUCCAAUGGGAAAAUGAAGGAGGCGCAGCUUUUCCUGGAGGAGAUGAGCCAGAAGGGGUUCAACCCGCCGCUUCGGGGACGUGACUUGUUGGUUGAGGGGCUGAUCAAUGCCGGCUACAUUGAGGGUGCCAAGGAUAUGGUGAGGAAGAUGGUGAAGGAGAAUUGUGUGCCGGAGAUUUCGACUUUUAAUGCAUUGAUGGAGGCUAUUUGUAAGAGUGGGGAGGUUGAGUUUUGCAUUGGUCUUUACUGGGAGGCAGUUGGGUUGGGGCUUUGUCCUGAUAUUAAUACUUAUAAGGUGUUGAUUCCGGCGGUUUCAAAGGCUCGGAGGAUGGACGAUGCGUUUAGGCUGUUGUGUAAUUCGAUUGAGGAGGGGCAUAAGCCGUUUCCGAGCUUGUAUGCUCCUAUUGUUAAGGGGAUGUGUAGGAAUGGUCAGUUUGAUGAUGCAUUUUGUUUCUUUAGUGAGAUGAAGGUUAAGGGGCAUCCACCGAAUAGGCCUGUGUAUACUAUGUUGAUAACCAUGGCUGGACGUGGAGGCCGGUUUGUUGAGGCUGCGAAUUAUUUGAUAGAGAUGACUGAGGUGGGGUUGGUGCCGAUUUCGCGGUGCUUUGAUUUUGUUACUGAUGGAUUGAAGAAUUGUGGGAAGCAUGAUUUGGCUAAGAGGAUUGAGCAAAUAGAGGUUUCUCUCAGGGGCACUUGAUGAUGCUUCAUUUGAGUUGUUGAAUUGUGAUGGGUUUUCGCUAUUGAACAAUGACUGUUGCCUCUGCCAAUAUCCUUUAGAGACAAUGGUUUUUGCUGUUGAAGGAUGACUAGUGCCUCUGCCAUUUGCGUUAAGAGACAGUUGUAUGGAUACAUAAUGAAAAAGAGGAGAGAAGAAAGAACCAGCUCUUCAGCCAAGCAGGUCUAUCCUCGUCCAAAAGGUUUGGGAAGACACAGAGAAUUGGUUGAUAGAUCCAGUGGUAAGAACAGCAAUACCGCAUGUAUGUCAUUUUAACAAAUAUGUUAUUUUCUUUGAUAUCUAAAGAUUUAACACAGUAUAUAUGAUUUUUUUUUGAAUAGAUUCGUACUGAGACUGGAUAUUACAUCUAAGAUUACAUUAAAUUGGUAUUGGUUAAAUUUUUACAUUUCAAACCGGAACUGAUAUAUACAAAUCAAAAGUGACAAGUUUGAGCAUCUCCUCUUCUUAUAUGUGCCAGAUUUAAUUAUUUGAAAUUGAUCAUGAAUUAUCUAGAAGUAGCCUUUCUUGUGGCGCUUCUUCAUACUCUUAUGUAACCCUGGAUUGCGACUUCUUGUCUAUGUAUGGAGUGUGAAACUCAUUUUCACAAUUUUAUUAAACCAUGUUCUCUGAAA